AAGCAAUCAACAUUAUGUCUCUACGAAAGCAACAUGUUUCAAUAGCAUGUGAUCGUUGCCGAAAGAAACGCAGAAAAUGUGUCCUGAUAUCUAAUUAUGAUUGCGAAAAUUGCUCAAAACAACAUGAAAAAUGUAUAUUUACUACAUUAUUUAAAAAACGUGGGCCAAAGCCAAAGAAAAAACAAAUUAAUACGUUCGAAGAUGUCAAUUUUCUGUUCGUACAUUCCAAUAAACAACAAGAAUCAUAUAAUUCACAAGAAUAUACACAAGUGCAGUUACCUACAGAAAAUAAUCUCAAUUUUCCGUUCCUACUCUUUAAUCAGCAAGAAACACAGUGCCAAAAUUUUCAUCAACAAUCACAGCCUACUACUUCACCUAUCAUAAUGCCUGCUCAACAAACUUAUACACAUAGAUUCAUUACACUGCCAAGAUUUGAUUUUGAUGAUUCUAGGUUCGAGACAUUGAUUGGAAAGAUGACACAAAAGCAAGCUAAAGAAUGUCUUUCUACUUUGGAAAGGCGAUGUGAUAUAUUAAAACAUACAUUGA